AUGCAGUCUUAUCUUUGCGAUUCAAGCUUGGAGAGGAAAUCCACAAACUCUCCAUCAGUUAUCGUCAUAGGUGCUGGUUUUGCUGGAAUUACAGCUGCACGGACUCUUCAUGAUGCCUCGUUUCAGUUAUUGCUACGUGGUGUUGGCAAUGAGAACCCAUUGGCUUCGCUCAUUGGGAGAUUGGGACUACCCCUUUACUGGACAAGUGGGGACAACUCAGUUUUGUAUGACCACAAUUUAGAAAGCUAUGCUCUCUAUGACAUGGAUGGUAAUCAAGUCCCUCAAGACUUGGUCGCAAAGGUUGGUGAAACAUUUGAGGCCAUCUUGAAAGAGACUGAUGUUAUCAGACAGGAAUUCAGAGAAGACAUGUCUAUCCAACGUGCAAUCUCAAUUGUUUUUGACAGGAGGCUGGACCUAAGGUUGGAAGGAGUUGAUCAUAAGGUGUUACUGUGGUACCUCUGCAGAAUGGAAGGCUGGUUUGCUGCUGAUGCUGAUACUAUCUCACUUAGAGGCUGGGACCAGGUUGCUUGCUCGUGCUUAUAA